AUAAUUUUAGAAAUAAUGGAAACUGGUGUCUACCCUACCGUGCAAGCACACAUUGGCCAUAGAAACGAGUUGGGAAACCUACUGAAGUCUGGAGCCAGAGCAAUGGCAGAGACAGACCCCAAAACUGUUCAUACACUUCUCCCACAGAUGCAAGACAAAUUUCAGACCAUGUCAGACCAGAUAAUUGGCCGAAUUGAUGAUAUGAGCAGUCGCAUUGGUGAUCUGGAGAAAAACAUCGCUGACCUUAUGACCCAAGCAGGAGUGGAAGAAAUAGAAGGGGGAAACAAAAUACCAACUACACGUAAUAGUUAAAGAUUUUGUUAAUCAUUUAGAGUGAACUCUUGAAAACGUUUUUCACAAGCCAAGAGGUGAAGGAACAGAUUUUUUCAACUAACUACUGUGUGCAGCAUUUUUUUUUUUAAAUUAUAGAGCUUGUAUACCUAGAAUAUGCAGUUUAGUUAGGUUUCAAGGUGAUUUAUUUUUUGAUUUCUUGUAUGUGAUAGCUUUGACUAUAUGACAUAAAAUGUGUAAAUAUUAGUAAACUGAAAUUCUGACUACUCUUGGCUAAAAUUUUCAAAAUUUUUAGUGCAUUUUUUGUCAAGUCAUUUGUCAUUCCUUUUGUAGUCAUUUCAGUUUAAAAAGAAAUUGGUACAAGUUUUUUUUUUAAAGAAAUGUAUUAAUUUUUUCAAUUGUUAUCAGAUUCUCUUUGUGAACUGAAGUACCUAGAGUCAACGGUUCAUAAUCCUUAGCACAAAAUUACUGUUGUACUAAUAACAAAUAAAUGGUAUGUUGACCAUAUUUUUAAAGCAGACAAAAAAAAUUGAGCAUUUUGUAUUUGUGUCAUUGCUAUGUUUCCAAGAUUGAGAACUAUACUUAAGAAUCUACUAUAAAAAGCCCCAGAAAGGAGCUGGAAUUGAAUGAUUGUAACUACUGCCACUUUUUAAUACACUAAAGGAUUUGGAUGGUGACAAUAGUAUCUCAGUUCCUCUCAAAUAACAAGGACAGAAAAUAACCUAUAAAGAUGCAUUGCAUUCACUGAUUGGAAUUUCAUGUGGUGUAACACUUCAGUCUUCAGUUAUAUCAAAAAUGCUUACUGUAAGAACAUGAGGGAGGUUUCAAAACCUACUUGCUAUUUACUUGUGCUACUGACUUUAAAAAGCAUUUGUCAAUUAGAAGAAAAAGCAAGCGGCCAUUGUGAAUCCUUGCAUACUGACUGAUAAAUGCCCUUAUUGUAAGCUUGGAUUUUUUAAAGAAA